AUGCAACAUACCUCCAGUCCUAGGCAAGGCGUUAACCUUCACCUAAUGAACAACCUCUUUCUCAGGAACCAGACUCUUCAGCAACUCAAAAGCCUUCUUGUCGGCCUCAGCAUCCCCAUCCCCAAACGCCGGCAUAAUCAGCCCCCCGUUAACGAAGCAGAAGUUAACGGGCGCCUCCUCUCUAGUAAGGUCUCCCUGGAUGCAGGUCAGAUCUGGCUCAACAACAUCAUGAACCUCAAAACGUCGCACACGCAUCAGUAUAUCUUUCCAAGACCUCCCAAUGCACCUCCUCCGCCUUCUCGUGUGGACGACAAACAACAACAACCCCGGCCUCACAAACCUCGCCCCAGCAUCAACAUGCACAUCGGUAAUAUCAAGCCAAACCCGACCAACUGA